AUGAAUGCGCCAGAGCCUGAGCAGACCCCUUUCGAGGCUGUCAGCGUCCACACAUCCAAGAUUGCGCGCCAUUACCAAGCUCUGCUGGACCAGUCGACCCCCUUUGUCCUCUACCGAUGGAUCGGCACCGUUGUCUGCCUCUUCCUCUUCUUCCUUCGAAUCCUGUUCGCGCAGGGCUGGUACAUCGUUGCCUAUGCGCUCGGCAUCUACCUGCUGAACCUGUUCCUGGCCUUCUUGCAGCCCAAGUUUGACCCCUCGAACGAAGAGAUCGACAAUGAGAUGGAGGACGGCUCCGUGGGCACUCUCCCCACCAAGCAGGAUGAGGAGUUUAAGCCCUUCAUUCGACGACUCCCCGAGUUCAAGUUCUGGUACUGGGCCACCCGAGCCAUCGCCAUCUCGUUUGUGUGCAGUUGGUUCGAGGUCUUUAACGUGCCCGUCUUCUGGCCCGUGUUGGUCAUGUACUGGAUUAUCCUCUUUGUUCUUACCAUGCGAAAACAGAUCCAGCACAUGAUCAAGUACCGCUAUGUGCCCUUCACUGUUGGCAAGAAGAACUACGCCAAGAACAGCUCUUGAUUCACGACGGGAAGAUUUUACGACUGAUAUUUUCUUCUUUCGGCACGACCGACCUGGGAAACCAACCGAACCUGGGUCCUGCGUGUCCUGUAUAAACACCGCGGCUAGCUUUAUGAAGCUGCGCACUAAUGCGAUGUGUGUGUGUCUCGGGGAAUGCUGUUACUUGCAUGCAAAUCAUGAGGUGGGAGCGAUGGAUGGACGAAAUCGAACGGGCGAUAACUGGGAUUGGCGAUAACGGAACUGGGAGUUGCCUACGAAACAAAACGUAGUUUUAUAGACUUUGAAUGGGGCUUGGGACUAGGGCGAACCGAACGAGAGCGCAAGAGGCUCGAGUCUUGAGAUGAACCAUUU